AUGUCUAACAGCGGGAACCAGAAGAGGGGAUACUACUGCAUAGGUUAUGCAUCUACUGGUAGGUCUAAAUGUAAAGGUCCACAGCCGUGCCAUGGCACUCCCAUUCCCAAAGGAGAUCUACGACUAGGCUCUCAAUACAGUCUUCCCGAAGGAAAGAAGGCAUUCUCGUGGCGUCACUGGGGUUGUACUACAUCUGAUGUCAUCAGCAACGUCAAGAAGGUUCUCAAAUCAGUCGAAAGUCUUGAAGGCUUUGAACACCUAAGAAAAGAAGAUCAGGACAGUGUCCGUAUAGCCUGGCAACUUGGCACGGUUUCCAACGGAGAUAAGACUUUUUCUGACCAAUCUACGGCCGAAGACUUCUCAGACCUUAUUAACGCUAUAAAGAGCGACGAUAGCGACGAUAGCGACAACGAAGCCUGCAAGAGCUUCAAGGGGGCCAGCAUGAAUAAGCCUUCUCGUAACAGGGGGAAACCUCCUACUGACGAAAUAGUCUCCGGAGGCACCAGACUCCAGACUCGUGACCCUCCUCCGGAGUUCACGCCGAGGAAGAAGCUUCCUGCCAGGAAUGUUACAUCUGAAAAGAAAGCCCUUGUAGAGCUUGCUCGAAAUAAGAUACCGCCUUACCUCGACCUCGGACACAUCUACAUUGACAUGCAGGUUGUCGGCCAUCCCUGGAUCAGCGGGUGUAUUGAUUUUGGCACCUAG